UAUAUACAUAUUGUUUAUUUUGAUGGAAAAUUUUUAUUAAUUAAUGUACAGAAUGUUAACUAAAGUUAGAAAAUAAAAAAUCAGAUGUUAUUCUUUUUUCUUUUCUUUUGGUAUUGUAAGCCAAAUUUUGUAACUUAAUUUAAUAAAGAAAAAAUAAUAAUAACUGAAAUGAACUAGUGAUGUUGUUAAUGCAUUUUUGUAAUGGUGGGUUCCACUUGAAGACAUUUUAUGCCUCUGUAAACGUAAUCUAUUAUGAUUUGUUGACUUUAGGUAUUUUUCUUAAUAUUUAGCAACAAUAUCAAAAAGUAAAUUUUUUCCCACUUAAUAUAAAAUAUUUGAGGCUUUGUUUUUGUCUUUCGACAUGGGGUGGCAGAGAGGCUCACGUGGGUUUAUCUGACACCAAGGCAAAAAUGGACAAAUCAUGGAUUGAUAUGCCACGAAAUUCAGUUGAAUAUUUGCAUGGGUUAAAUAAGUUCUUAGAUUUUGCAUUUGAGAAACGGUCUGUGAAUGGUGCAAUAAAGUGUCCAUGUGCUAAAUGUCGCUUCAAUAAAUGGGAAACUAGAGAUAUAGUGCUUGACCACUUGAUUUGCAAGCCAUUUCCAAAAAAUUACAAAGUUUGGAUUUGGCAUGGUGAAACGUAUGAAACAGUGACAUCAAGAGAUUGUCAAGUAAUGCAAGGGUCGUUGGCCACUGAAAACCCUAUAUUAGACAUGAUAAAUGAUGCAUUUGGGGUCAACAAACGGCAUGCAUCAGAACCCACCACUUCACUUGAAUCAUUAGUGUCCGAACAUCCAAUGCCUCAUGAAGAACAGAGAAAUAUUGAUGAUUUGGUUAGAGAUGGUAACCAAGAAUUAUAUGAAGGGUGUCAAAAGUAUUCAAAGUUGUCUUUUUUGUUAAGAUUGUAUCACAUAAAGUGCUUGUGUGGUGUGACUGACAAGGCAAUGACAUUGAUAUUGGAAUUGAUGAAGGAUGCAUUCGAAUAUGCGAAAAUUCCAGAUUUAUAUGUCUCUUAUGUUUCUUAUAUGAAUGAGAACUUGUUGUGAUCAACCCUUGUGAACCCAGAAAGAGGUUUCAGCACCGUCCCAUUUUAAAUUCUAGUUGGUGUAUCUGCAAUUUAAUCAUGCUACUUUUCUUUUUCUGGUAAAACAAUUUUUCUAGAUAAAAAUUUAAAAUAACUGAAAAAAAUAAAAGAAGGUCAAUUACCCACUUUGGCAUCAAACUCACUUUGGAGUAUGUACCGACUUGGU